AUGCGACCCAUUUCCCUCCUCACAGCAAUUAUCUUCCCCCUUUCCCUUGCAGCACCCGUACCUGAUAAAGGUAUAUAAUAAAAUCCUACAUCCUUACAUAACCCAGCCCUUACAUACAACAACAAAACAACGUACUAACACAACUCUAGAAUCAAACACACCCCAAACCAUCCCCCUUCCACCUCCGGCCGCAAUACUCGCCCUCAUCAACGCCGGGCUCGCCGACGCCGCCAACCCCACAGACGUAGCCUACGCAACAGGUCUCAUAGCCGCCGCCGAAGCCGCCGCAGAAGCCGCCGCAGCUGCCCAAAAAGCGAGUGGUUCUAUAAGCGGCACUGCAAGCGGCACUACAAGCAAGAGACAAAAUCUCGGAUCACUUCUUGGUAUACUUCAAGGACUGGGGUUGGGCUCUUUGGGAUCUUUAGGGGGUUUGAAAGAGCGAGAUGAGAAUAGCAAAAGACAAGUGACUGGUCUCCCCGAUCUCGGCGACCUCGGUGAGCUCAGUGCGAUUUUGGGGGAGCUGGGCCCCGUCGUUAGUGUUGCUGGGGAUAUUCCUCCUGUAGGUGAUGGUGGGGUUUUAAAGCGUCAGGAUCUUCCUCUUGUAGGAAGUCUUCCCGGUGUUGCGGGCCUAACAAAUGAUUUACCGCUUGGUUCGCUAGGUUCUGUUACGGGAGGUCUUACACAGAGUCUAACUGACCCUACUUCUUUAUUGGGGCCCCUAAAAGAGAGAGCUAAGAGACAAGAAGGUGUGAACCUUAUUUUUACUUGAGGGCUGAGAUUCGACUCAAGAUAGAUAUCCUGUCCAUUGAUGCCGUAGCUGACGAGAGAUUUAGCAGCAGCUGUUUUGAAAGUAUAGAUUAUAAGGUGUAUGGAUGGGUGGGAUGGGACAUUUAGAAAGAUGAGAAGGGGAUUCUUGGGCGCAGCAGCAAAUGGCAGGAUUUAGGUGUAUGGGGUGGAUGAUUGUUGGAGCUCCUUUUCAAGUUGGUUUACGGUUUAGCUCGUGCUAGACUGGGUUUCGUUCAUUACAUCUAGUCUUGUGGUUUUGCUUUUCUAUAUUUUUGGCAGUCUUGAUGGAUGGUUUCAAUGCGAGGGUUUUGGGCUCCUAACUAUCUGAGAUAUUACUUUGAGAUUUUGGAAACGUGCAAGAUGGAGUAGCACC